AUGUGCAAUAUAUUUGCAUUUUCAUUGGACAACUUUUUACUGGCUGAGAAUCAAGCAAAGGUUGAUCCAUUACCAUCAGCGACAACAACUAAACUGUUACAAGAUACUGGAAUCAGUGACUACCUUCAAGUAACUGCAUGUGAUCAUGCUGUCCUACCUUUCACCACAGCUACCGGCAGACUGAAUGAUGAGUGUGGUAAACUUGAGAACUCUAUUACUCUACCAGCAGACGUGUCAGUAAACAUCCAAUCAGAUUGUACCUCAGUUACUAUGUGUUCUGACAUUGGAUAUAUUGACAAGAAAAUCCAGUCUACAGUGAAACUGGAUCCCUGUACAUAUGAAAUCACUCUUGGCAUUGAGACAAUGGAGACUACUGUAUCCUUGUUACAGUUCCAGUGGGGAAAACCACAAUCUUUUGCCUUACAAGGAGGACUAAGAAUGGACUAUGUGAUCCAUGAUUUAACCAGUGAAGGAAUGUACCUGGUAUCUGUUGACAUGGGUCUGUGUAUGGAGACUUCAGACAGAGACAGUUGUGAUGUUAAACAUACAGUGUUAGAUAAUGUUAAACUGGCAAAGAAGUCCUGUAAUUGGAACAAUGGAUUUGCAUUCUCUGGAAAUCCAAGUUUUGACUUGUCAACCUGGCUAUCAACUAACAGUUAUACAAACUCGAUUCCACUGUCAGAACUUGUUGUCAUCGAACUUGAAAGAUACUUACAGUUUGAAGAUUAUCUACAGCCUAGCCACUGUGUGGCAUCUGCUCCACCGUUUACACCUGUUAACUCUGAAGGCUGGGCUUUUAGUUCAGGAUGUCAGAAUGCAUCAACACUCACAACAUUGCCUGGUUCGGGUAUUGUAUGUAACCUUGGUGACAGCUGUACUAAAAUUGACUGCUGUGUUGACAUUGCCAAGUUAGAUACGACCUUCAGAGUUUAUGCUGACCUUGAUGUGUGUAGUAAGGAGUUUACAGUUGGUGUAGAGAAUUUCAACAGGACUAUUUCCCUGUACAGUUUCCAGUAUGCACAAGAGGAUACUUUCUCCUUUGGAGGACUUGUUAAUAUCAAAUACAAAGUAGUGAACUACCAGAGUGAGAGAGUGUUUGUAGUCAAUAUGGACAUUGAAGUAUGCUAUUCUGCUGCUGGGCCUUGUGCAGUACAACACACAGUUUUGACUGAUGUAAAGUUACCCAAAUCUUCAUGUAACUACAGCCAGCCAUAUGCCAUUCCUGAUUUCUCAUUGGUGUCUUACAUGAGUGAGUUGGAUGUUAACACAAAUGUCAAUCAGUUACCAAGUUGGGCCGUUGACUUACUGAUGGAAGAAUUAGGAAUAUCAGGUUUCCAGAAAGAUCCUCAGUGUGAUUUGUCAAGUUAUUCUGGAGCUUUGUCCAAUGGAUGGAAUUCAACAGCUUGUGGAGAACUUAUAACACUACCACAGUUACCAGCCUAUACACGAUGCAGGUUACCAAGUUAUUGUACUGGUGCCCAGUGCUGUUCUAACAUUGGUUAUCUUGGGAGAAAGUUGGAAGCCUUUGUCUUAGUGGAUCCAUGUAGCUACUCUGUCAGUAUUGGACUGGAGAAAAGAAAUAUCAAUGUUACAUUACUAGAGUUUACACAAGGCAGUUGGCAAACAGUCACUUUAGGCAAUCUGCUUAGAUUACAAUACAAAGCAGAGGAGUUGACAGCUGAGAAGGUUUACUUGUUGUACAUGACCAUCAGUAUAUGUUUUGAGACUGUUGGAGAUUGCCGUUAUACUUACACUGUAUUUGAUGGAGUAAAGAUUCCUAAACAACCUUGUGACUGGACAGGAGGAUACGCUAUACCUGGGUUCAAUUUGAAUUCCUACUUGACUGGAUUAGGAUAUUCCACAAGUACACCACUGAACUCGUUAGUAUCCUCACAACUCUUGGAAUACCUGGGAGUAGCCAGUUUACUGAAAACAACAGCUGAUCAGUGUCAAAUGUCGGAUCCAAUGUAUACAUCUCCAACUAAUGGCUGGACAAAAGAUGCAGGUUGUACAUCAGCAGUAGAUCUACCAACUCUAGGCAGUAACAGUGUUUGUCACUUAUAUGAUACCUGCACUGGUAUAUCAUGUUGUCUACAUUCUACAACUGUUGAUAGAAACUUCAAUGUCUUCCUCAAACUGGAUCCCUGUACACAGAAACUUGACAUUGGUAUAGAAAAGUAUCAGUUUGACUUUUCACUCUAUACCUUCACAUUUGAGACGACACAGUAUUUCCAUAUAGACAGAGUUAUUGAAAUUGAGUACAAAAUAACAGAUUUGGUUGGUGAAAUGGUGUAUCUUGUGGAUAUGAAGGUCAAGAUUUGUUUCAAUGACCCUUCACCAUGUGACCUUCAAGAUACAAUAGUGGUUAAUACCAAAUUACCAAAGAUGGUGUGUCCAUGGUUUAGAGGAUACCCAGAUCCAAGUUGGUCCCUUAAUCAGUGGUAUUUGGACAAUUCUUUGACACCAGGGUCUAACUUAGACUCCUCUGCGGUCUCAUCCCUGAUGGAGUCAUCACAGAUAGGAGAAUAUUUACUCAGUCCUAUGGUAUCUAGAGUUGACCCCUUUGGUACAUAUGCAGCAGCCUAUCUUGGUUGGAGUUCGGAGUGUACUGAGGCCCCUGUAACUCUCCUUCAAAUGGACCAGUCUGUAAUAUCCUGUAAUCUAGAGAGCACCUGUCGUGGAUUGAGUUGUGCAUUAGAUGUACCAUUCAUCAGUAAAACAUUUGAAUUCUAUAUGAGACUAGAGCAGUGUGACUACAUGCUGAAAGUUGGAAUUGAACGUCAGCAAUAUGAAAGAACACUUAAAGGAUAUCAAUGGGGAGAAUGGACUCAUGUUGACCUAAAUGGAAUUUUGAAAAUGAGUUUUGUUCUCCAUGACUUGUAUGCUGAGCCUGCAUUCUUGAUUUCUAUGAAGCUGAGUUUAUGUUGGGAAGCUAACCAGCCAUGUGGAACUGUUUACAAUAUUUUUGAUAAAGUCAGGCUACCAAAGAAAGUGUGUGACUGGGACAAGAAGUUCCUACAAAACGACUUUUCACUCACUCAGUAUAAGACUGACAAUAGUAUUUCUACGCUGGACGAUCAUCAUGUGUCAGAUAUUCUACGCUUGACUGGUAUUUCACAGUACAUGAAGAGGACCCCAUGUAGUAGGACUGCAGCUCCUUACACAGGGGCUGAUGCAAAUAAUUGGAAAAAUGAUUGUGUUGAUCCUGUUGGUUCUUUAUUAAAUUUGGGUAGCGAUACCACAUGUCACCUUGACUCAUCUUGUACAGCUGUGGAUUGUUGUGUGGAUUCUACAAGCCUCGGACUGACCUUAAACGGAUAUGUUCGACUGGAUCCUUGUAACUACAAAAUAUAUAUAGGACUGGAGGGUAUUGAUUUAGACUAUACACUCAUCGACUUCAGUUUUGGUACAGUGCAACAUUAUGCCAUGAACGAAGUUUUUAAUCUAGAUUUUGUGGUAGAUGAUUUAACAGCAGACAAAGUAUAUGUUGUUUCUAUGAAUAUAUCAGUCUGUCUAGAAUCAGGAGGGGCAUGUGAAGUGGUUACCAGUGUAUUCCAGGAUCACAGGUUACCAAAAGCAGAAUGUGAUUAUGAUUCACAGUUUGUCAUUCCUGGAUUCAGCCUGAAUGAAUACUUAGAUGAUAAAAGUGUACCUACAAACAGUGUACCCCUGGAUAUCCAUACUAUUGCCCAACUGCUGCAUGAUACAGCUCUCGCACCUUACAUGAUGGACAAUGCUUGUGAUCAAACUGUCAUACCAUAUUAUCCCAAUGAUAAAGGAUGGAACAGAGGUAAGAACUAG